CAAAACCUUCACUACAUUUCGCUCUCCGGUUUUUGCAAAACCCAUAAACCCGUUUUCAUUCUACAACUCAAAGAGAACAAAACGCAGAGAAAUUUAGCAAAUAAUGGAGCAAACUGGUGUUUGUUUCUCGAUGUUAUUGUUUGUUUUGGUUGCCAUGGCUGCCACUUCGGUGCAAGGCCAAGGCACACGUGUUGGGUUUUACUCUAGGACUUGCCCUCGAGUGGAGUCGAUUGUGAGAUCAACUGUGGAGUCUCAUUUUCGCUCUGAUCCCACUGUCGCUCCUGGCUUACUAAGGAUGCACUUUCAUGAUUGUUUUGUCAACGGAUGUGAUGCGUCAAUUCUUAUUGAUGGGUCCAACACUGAGAAAACUGCAGUUCCUAACCUUCAAUUAAAAGGAUUUGAUGUUAUUGAUGAUGUUAAGUCCAAACUUGAAGCAGAAUGUCCUGGAAUUGUUUCAUGUGCUGAUAUUCUUGCCCUUGCUGCUCGGGACUCUGUGGUUCUGACUAGAGGACUAACUUGGACAGUACCUACUGGACGAAGAGACGGAACAGUUUCUUUAGCAUCCGAUACUGCUAACUUGCCUGGAUUUACUGACUCUGUUGAUGUGCAAAAACAAAAAUUUACUGACAAAGGUCUCAACACCCAAGACCUUGUCGUCCUUGUCGGUGGACACACAAUUGGUACAGCAGGUUGUGCUGUAAUUGUAAACAGAUUAUUCAACUUUAAUGGAACUGUUGGUGCAUCAGAUCCCUCAAUAAGUCCUUCAUUUCUUCCUACACUAAAAGCUCUCUGUCCUCAAAAUGGUAAUCCAGGAAAACGUGUUGCACUUGACACUGGUAGUGUAAGUAGAUUUGAUACAUCAUUCUUUACAAACUUAAGAGAUGGCAAGGGAGUUAUUCAAUCCGAUCAAGUACUUUGGACUGAUGCCUCCACUAGAACUAUUGCCCAACGCUUUUUGGGUAUUCGAGGUAUUCUUGGAUUAACGUUCAACGUUGAAUUUGGUCGAUCAAUGAUAAAAAUGAGUAAUAUUAGAGUAAAAACAGGUACUCAAGGUGAAAUUCGUCGAGUAUGCACUGCUAUUAAUUAAUAGUUGAACAUUUAUUGGAAGAAAGUAUUUCAUGUCAUAUAUUUACAUUUAUCGUUUGUUCUUUAUAGCGUAAGCUAUAUUCAAUCAAAUAAAAGUAUUGUAACAAAGUAGCUUAUGGAGGAUGUAAGCAUAGAAAGAGACAUGUAUUGGAUAAGGUUCACAUGUCUUCUUUUAUAUUUAUAUAUAUAUUUUUUAAUUUAUUUU